CUCUAUCUAUCUCUUCUUUUUUUAAUUACUUCUCUACUUGAUCUAUAUAAUCAUAUUCUACAUAGUACAUACAAAUAUCUUUCCACCAAACUCUCUCUCUUAUAGCCCUUAAUUGUAGUUCAUAACCUUGCCCUCUUUAUAUUAUAUCAUCAUAUCAUUAUAUAUAUAUAUAUUAUAGCUAUAUAUAUAGAUAUAGAUAUGGUGGUGCCCACUCCAAUUUACCCAAUUCAUAACGAGAAGAUCAACGAUGCCAUUGAGCUUCCCACCAUUGAUCUUUCAUGCCCCGAGAGAUCAGAAGUCUCGCGGUUGAUCGUCAAAGCUUGUGAAGAGUUCGGUUUCUUUAAGGUUAUAAAUCACGGUGUCCCAAACGACAUAAUAACCAAAAUGGAGCAAGAGAGUUUGAACUUCUUUGCCAAACCAAUGGCAGAGAAACAGAUGGCAGGCCCUGCAAAGCCUUUUGGUUAUGGCUGCAAAAACAUUGGCUUUAAUGGUGAUAUGGGAGAUGUUGAAUAUAUUCUUCUCAAUACCAACCCUCUCUCUAUCUCUCACUGCUCCAAAAUCAUCUCCAAUAACCCCACAAGCUUCAGCUGUGCAGUGAGUUGGUACAUAGAAGCAGUUAAGGGAUUGGCAUGUGAGAUAUUGGAUCUGAUGGGUGAUGGGCUUUUGAUGUCAGACAGAAAGCUCUUCAGCAAACUCAUUAACCACACUGACAAUGACUCUCUCUUCAGACUCAAUCACUACCCCAACAUCAACACUGAUCACCAUGAUCAUCAUCAUCAUCAUCAUUACCAUCAUCAUCACAGCUUCAAGGUUGGCUUUGGAGAACAUUCUGACCCUCAGAUGUUGACCCUCCUCAGAUCAAACGAUGUUGGUGGCCUCCAGAUUUCCUUGCAGGAUAAGGUGUGGGUCCCUGUCCCCCCUGACCCCACUGCCUUUUUGGUUAAUGUGGGUGACGUGUUACAGGCAAUGACAAACGGAAGAUUUGUGAGCGUGAGACACAGAGUAACAAACUCAUACAACGACAACGACAACAACAAGUCGAGAAUGUCAAUGGCAUACUUUGCGGCUCCUCCUCUAAAUGCAUGGAUUAGGGCUCCCACAGAAGUGGUGGUUGCACAAGAUAAGCCUUGUCUUUUUAGGCCUUUCACUUGGGCUGAGUACAAGAGGACCGCCUACUCUCUACGCCUUAAUGAGAGUCGUCUUAACCUCUUCAUAGUGUCUAAAGAUUGUGAUGACCACAUUAUCAAGGAAACAAUAUAUAAUAUAUAA